UUUCACAGUGUAGCCACUACCAAACUUGCCAUUUAUGGGAACCAACUUGUAAGAAUGUAAUAGAAUUUGUUAGAAUAUUUUAAGCCGGCAAAUAUGAACACAAUUUUUAUUUAAUUCGUUUAUGAUUGCAAUUUUAUCAAUUUUCAAUGAUAGUUAAUUCUGAUAAAGUUAAAUUUAAUACUUAACGAAUAUAUAGUUUUAAAUUCUUAACAUCAUGAUAGACAUGGAAAGAGGCAAAAAAUUCAACUAUGUAAUCUAACAAGUGUCAAUGAAACAUAAAUGAAUAGAACGAACAAAGGCCAGUCACUUUUUAGCAGUGAAAUAUAUAAGAAAUAUUUACUGAGUGUGUGCUCAUCCUAAGGAAUUUGUGCUAUAACUAUAGCAAGUGAAAAUUACGUGCAAUUUUGUGUUUGACUGCAACUGCAUUUGGGGUAAAAAUAAGUAUCUAUCCUUUUGCGUACUAUUUGGAUAUGAACUAUCACAAAACUUUGAUAUCAUUCUGAUUAUACUCAAAAUUAAGAAUGCUAUUAAAUUUCAUUUUUCAAAAGCGAGAUGAACAUAAAGAGAAGAAUAGCACAAGCAAAACAGGCAUUUUACAAGAAGAAGCACCUAUUCCACGCCAAAUAUUGUUAACCUAUAUAUCAGAAAAACUCUUAUAAUGAGUUUUGUAUGGAGUAUAGCCCUCUAUGGGGCAGAAAUAUAGACAGUACUCAAAGCGGAAAGAGAAAGUAUUGAAGCUUUGAAACAUGGUGUAGGAGAAGAACACUGAAUAUUUCUUGGACAGAGAAAGUUAAAAAUGAGGAAGUGAGAUAAGAAUGAACGAACAAUAGCAAUAUGAAAAACAAUAAGAGAAAGGAAGAAAAACUAGAUCGGACAUAUUAUGAAAAACAAUGAAUGGAAAACGACAAUAAUAGAAGGAAAUAUAAAAGGAAAAGCUGGAAGAGGUAGACCAAGAACACCAAUUGUAAAACAGAUCAUAGAAGACAUAGGGAAAACCGAUUAUAAGGAACUGAAAGUGGCUGUGAUGGAUAGAGACUAGCGAAGAGCAAUCAAAGUAAUUUAACCAAUGCGACGUUUAUGGAAGAAUAGCCAAUAAAUGAAUUUUUAUCGAACCCUAUUCAUGUAUCAUGUUAUGAGUAUAUAAACAUCAAAUUCUUUACUGGCCAUAAAUUAUUUUAUAACGGUAUCCAUUAGUUACCCGACUAUAAUCAUUGAUUUUGGGAAUUUAAUAAUCAAAUUCCACGUGAAUGUAUAUUUUCUAAUGUAUAUUUAUACACUUAUAUUUAUAACAGUUCUAAUUAUACCAUUUACUAUUCCGAGCGAAACAUGUAAAAAAAAUUCCACCGUAAUAAACUCUACUAGAACUUUACCGGUGGAAGAAAAAAUGCUGGCAUAUCGUUCGAUGGCCGAUGAGUACUAUCGGAUGCAAGCAUUAAUUGAUGUUAUCCGGUACAACAGGCAAAAAUCAGCUUCUUUAAUGGAAGAAUAUAAAGAACAAUUGGAAAGAGCCAAAGGCAGAGCUCAAAAGUGUGCUUUUGCUCUUGAACGCGGACAAAGAGAUGUAGCAAAAUGGACAGAAAGGGCAAAAACUGCUCAUUUCCAUCUUAGAGACAAACAUCAGGCUAUGGAGGAAGCUGAGAUUAUCGAGUCAUGCAUGUCAUCAUUAAUAUUGUCAACAAAUUUGAAUACAUUUAAUAAAGAUAAUGAAUUGAGACUUAAAGAAUCUAGUAAAAAAAUGAUUGAACAAGGUAUUGUAGGGUUUUUAAAAAACUACACAUCUGAUUUGGCCAAAUAAUUGUUACUAUGGUUAAAUAUUUAAUCAAUUUCUUUUAACUAUAACAUUCAUCAUAAUGAUUUGUUAAUUUAUAUUAUUUAAAAAUAGUUAAUAAAGGCAUUUUAUUUAAAUAUUGUAUUAUUUAUAUUUUGUAAAAUAAUUUUACUGUGGAAAAUAAAUUAUAACAAUGGGAAACUGGUGUCACAGAGACUUUAAUUGAAAUUAUAAUCCCAGCUAUAUAAAGUCUCGGUGAGAUUUUCCCACAUGAGUUUUCUAGCUAGUUAAAUUAUAGAUGCUUUUAUUGUACAUAUUUUUGCUACCGUUAUAAUAUUUAUGUACUAGACUAAAGUUUCGGUGAUCUCAUGGUGACAACUGCUGUGCUUUUACCGAGAAAAAUUCCACGAUUCAUACCCAUACUAACACAUUUGAGUCUCUUUUGCACUUGAAAAGGGGUUGCAUAUUUAAUGUACAAAACGUGUCUCAGUAGCCUAUUCGGAUGGAAAACAUAACAUAUACAUAUCACCUAUAACUACUCACAAUGCUAACGAAAAAAUCGUACACGCACUGCCAAGCCUAGUGCCUUUUUUAUGUCAACUUACUUGGGAGGACAAGGAUGACUAUUACAUUCUACUGACAAAUCACUACUCGUUGGCUUUUCGCCUGGGCAAAGAUCAGCAUCCA